UUAUUCAAUUGAUGUUUUUAAUUAUUUCAAGUCCAUAUUCACAAAUAUGAAAUACUAACUACUCGACUAAUAUAUAUUUUUAUAAAUUUUAGUACUUGCCGGAUUACUAACAUUCCCGAGUCCCGAAAAGGAUGAGAUAAGUAGUGAGACAAACUCAUACAUGACUUCAAAUCUUUAUUCUGCGGUGCUGGCCGUAGGUGGAGAGCCUGAUGAAGAGGUGAAUCUAGAUAUGACCAUUGUCAACGUCUCAACAGAUCAACUUGUGAAAUAUUUGCAGCUAUAUGUCAAAGGAGAGUUUAAGAAAACAAAUAAAAUGUUGGCGCAAGUCCUCCUGCACUUGGAAAGAUUAAAUAUUGGGAGUUCUUCAGCUUCCUCUAAUGCUCCAAGAGAGGAUGAGGAGUUGAGAAGCAAGCAUAUUGUCAGCAUUCCCAAUCGAAGACUUAGAAAUAACGUCGACAAUAGAAAUGGCAAUCUAGAACCCAGGAUUGUACACAAAACUGAUCCAGAGUAUUCAAGAAGAUUUUGGGAAAGAAGGAAGCAAGAGCUGGAAAAUUCUAUUCCUACACUGGAUAGGUGGAGGAGGAUUCAACAUUGGAUGGGGAAGUCCCAUCACAAGGAGGUGUUUAGUUCCUCUUACAAAUCGCCAAGGAAGAAGAAAAAUAUAGACGAAAUAUUAAAUGAUUUCAAGAUCGAGAGGCUGAAGAGGGAUGAAGCCAAACGAAUCAGACUGGAAGAAAAAAAUAAGAGAAGGAAGAAGCCGAAAAGAAACGGGAGCAGAGGCAUGAGGAGAAAAUGGACUUGA